AUGAAUCAGGCAGCGUCGCCCGUUCAUUUCGCUACGCAAAACUCCCCUACGCUCGUGCACUCUCCUCUGUUACACGAUGAUGCGUCAACACAUUCGAUAGCACGGCCGGCGGAGGACACGGCACACCUCCAGCUCCCGGUAACCAACGGCGGUGCCGCGCCCACCACUAGCCUAUCGAAUCUGUCCCCCACGACGUCAAACUCGGGCGCAUCAGCGCCUAAGGAGCCUGCAAAGAAGGGCAAAAUGACGCACCGUCUGACUCGAAUGUUUUCUCGGUCCGACCCCAAAGACGUCGAGGCCGCCAAAGCUGCAGCUGAAAUAAAAGAAACCUCCCCCGACGGUCGUUCGGAGAACGGCCACACUCCCACCAGCAGACCUCCCUCUGGUAGACAAGGUUCGAAUGAUGAAAAGAGCGGCCGCAAAAUGACCAUACUCGGUACCGCGAAAGAGAAAACCAAGGGCGAGCCGCCCUCCGACUCCCCCAGUGCCCUCCAUAAACGAUUCGAGGUCUACGAUGACGGCACUCACCAACACUUCCUCAAGUCCGCCAAACGGCAGGAAAAAUUAUCCGACAUGCUCCGCGACAUGCUCGGUGGCGGCAAGAAGAGGGAUCAAGAUGGUGCCGGUGAUCAACAGCUGACGCUGAUGUCGUCGUGGGUUGACCAACUCAGAUCGGAGAAGGACAGCCUCGCCUCAGACAAGAAGGGCGGCCCUAACGCCACGGCCAACUUGGUCGAGAAGUAUGGCAAGUGCCAGGAAAUCGUCGGCCGCGGUGCUUUCGGCAUCGUGAGAAUAUCCCAUAAACCAGACCCUAAUAGCGUUUCUGGAGAGUUGCUCUACGCCGUCAAGGAGUUCCGCCGUCGCCCGCAAGAGACCGCCAAGAAAUACCAGAAACGGCUGACCAGCGAGUUCUGUAUCUCAUCGUCACUCCGGCACCCGAACAUCAUUCACACCCUUGACCUCCUCCAAGAUGCCAAAGGAGACUACUGCGAAGUCAUGGAAUACUGCGCCGGCGGAGAUCUCUACACGCUGAUUCUGGCCGCUGGCACUCUCCAAGUUCCGGAAGCAGACUGCUUCUUCAAGCAACUGAUGCGUGGCGUCGAGUACAUGCAUGAGAUGGGCGUGGCGCAUCGUGAUCUGAAACCCGAGAACCUUCUCUUGACAACACACGGCGCCCUCAAAAUCACCGACUUUGGGAACGGCGAAUGUUUCCGCAUGGCCUGGGAGAAGGAAGCCCACAUGACGGCCGGACUCUGUGGCAGUGCCCCGUACAUUGCCCCGGAAGAAUAUAGCGGGGGCGAAUUUGAUCCUCGUGCCGUGGAUGUCUGGGCAUGUGGCGUCAUCUACAUGGCUAUGCGGACUGGCCGGCACCUCUGGCGAGUGGCUCGCAAGGAGGAGGACGAAUUCUACCAGAGAUAUCUCGAAGGACGGAAAGAUGAAGAGGGAUACGCUCCCAUCGAGACUUUGCAUAGGGCUCGUUGCAGAAACGUCAUCUACUCGAUCCUCGACCCCAAUCCUGGCCGCCGGAUCACUGCUUCUCAAGUCCUCAAAUCGGAGUGGGGCAGAGAGAUCAAGGUGUGCAAAGCGGGUGAAGAAGGCUUCUGA